AGCGAGAUGAAGUUCAACAUGUUCUUGAUGAGGUAGUGUGUACUUUAAUAGCUAAUGAUGAUACAAGUUUGAAUCAUCCUCGUCCUAAAACGAGAGUUGUAAGUAGUUUGAUUCUUCAAAACAACUCUUUCCACCACAACUUCUGCCUUCAAUAACUACCUCCAUUUGAAGUACGAUUCAAGCAUCCAAUUUCAGCGUAAAACAAAUAAGCUGGCACAAAAUCACAAAAAUGGAGGAAGGUUUCGAUUUCGUGAAUGCCUGGGAUGCAGAGAUCAGCUGUGAUCCUGCAUUUCCUAGGGAUGCCGUCAAAUGCGCUUGGGAUAGCAAUUUGGUGCAAGCGACGCACGACUUUAGAAAGUUCCCACCAGAUCUGGCGCAGGCGGCUGGUAUGGAUACGAUUUAACUUUCUCACAAAAUUCAUUACAGUUUAAAAUUGUCCCUGAAUUUAUUUAGAGCAAUCAUCUUUAUUUCCUUCCUUCAUGCCAUGUUAGGUGGUCAUCAUUUUCCAUAUCCACCAAACAGGUGCAUCCUCCGCCAUGUCUGCCGCAUCUAACCAGCGACAGGGAAUUUUCCACCAAACUCGAACUGCCUGGAUGACUAGGGAUCAUAUUCUCUAUCUCUGGAACUAUGCUCAGCCGAACCAAGCCACAAGAGUCAUUCCAGCCGAUAGCAUUAUCCUGUCCGUAGCAAUGGUAGAACCGAGGAAAGGGAUAUUUGAUAGGGAUCUUGUUAUCGUGAUAGCGACACAGCAGAGCAUACAUUUGUUGGGUGCGAGUGUGGAUGCGCAGAGAGGAUUGGUGACGCAAAACUUGCCGGGAUAUUGCUGGUACUUACCUAUUCAGGUUGAACAACAGUGAUUCGUAUUAUUGUUUCUUUGCGAUGAAAUUUCCUGCUUCUAAGCAGUGAACCACUUAACGACUUAAAGCCUUUACUCUAACGCGACAACUUGCACCACCUCGCGCUAGGCACACUCACUCACUCACUCACUCACUCACUCACUCACUCACUCACUUACUCACUCAUAGGGUGCACUGGCUUCGUGUGAGCAUUCACAUCGUAUCAAUAUCUCCAAAACUCCAACUCAACAGUGCUUCCGGCGGCCUCCCCGUUGCCGUGAUUCAAAGCAGCGAAAGUGGUAGAAUAUUCCUCUGUUGUCCUCGACACGUCCAUGAACUAGAGUAUCGCGGUACUGGCACUAGACCUACUACGACAGCAAAUGGAGGAGCUACCGAGGUUGGAGUAGGCGGAGACAGGAGUUCCGCCAAUGCAUACGCAGACGCAAGCAGCACAGGAGGUGGAACAGGUCCCCAACUUCUCGAUUAUCUUGGUCUUUCCUCUCCUUUGCUCAGACUCAACUGCUUAACCGCUUCUAGUGCAUUGGCCAGAGCUGUGCUGUUUCGAAGAGACCCCUACUUGAGGUUGUUCGCUGUCGCGCAAACGGGGUAUUUCGCCACUGUGGACGAAUGUAACACCCUAAACAUCUACGAAGAACAAAACGCCGAAAUCCUAGAGAAAGCGCAGAGCUGUGUGGUGGAAGCACCAGGAGCACUUGGGGAGAAUGGAAUUUUGUCGACAAAUACUACUUCAUCCUCUAGGUCGACGAAAACGAAAUUCCAACUUGCUGCAUGUGCGACAACGAUGUCUUCAAGUGCAGCUUCUAUGUCAUCCUCAUCGUCUAGGACUUCAUCAGCUACUGCCAAUGGAACUGCAGUAGUUACCGGUUCCCCUAUAAUUACAACAACUACAAGAACAUCAUCCUUCUCCUCCUCUUCCUCAAGCACUAGUACAGCAAACCAAGGGGGCAGUACCAUUCAUGCGCCUUUCAAACUGGUUGCACAGCUGACCUUGCUGGAUUUGGAGAAUCAGUUGAUGGAUCGAUUGCACUUUCGCACUCUGCAAAGCAGAGAAUUCACAAGACUCUUCGCCAGAUUCGGCACAGACCAUAACCUCCACAUCUUUCUACUUACUUCAGCAUGGGAACGACUCCAUUUGGUCUUGAAUGUAGGAGACUUCACUUCAUCUCUGCUAGGUGGAGGAAACGGAGGUGGUGUAGGAGGAUUAUAUCCAAGAAACGCUAGUAAUGGUGUCUUGAACAAGCUCUAUACGUCAGUAGUUCCCCAGAGUGGGCCUCCAGCGAUCAGCAUCCUGAACUACUCCACUUUAAACCCGCAAUCGCAGAUGCGCGUGCAUAGUCCGGUGAGCUACCAGAAUGGCGUGUGGGCCAUUGCCAAUGCGGAUGGAGAAGUGUGUUUCUCUGUAUUGCUCAGAAACCCAGAUCACGGGAACGAAAAGCAGAGGUGUGAAUUGAUAGGAAACCAGCAGUGCUGGAACGCAGCUGCGCACUUGGAGGCGCCACUCGCGUUGGUGGAAGAGGGCAGUGAAAAAGAAGGAGACCUGUCAUUGUUGAAACCACAGAGGACGUUUGCCUUGUUGACGACGAGGGGAGUGCAUGUACUGACUGAAUCACCCGUCCAGAAAGUUUUAUCGAGAUGUCUCUGUUGUUACUACUACGGCUACUGGAGUUUUAAGAAAUUGAUUCCUCCUGCAUUAUAAUUAUCAGGGUUUGUUUAUCAUAUCUUCAACAACAUCUUAGGCCGCUUAUCCCAUGCAACAAUCACAUCUUCAACAACAUCCAAUAACGCACCUACCACCUCCAGGUCCUUUCCCUUCUCUACGUCCAACGCGAAGCGUCCUUACUCCGCGCGCCGCCGACCAGUGUUUUCGAAUGUGCGGUCGCUCUUCUUUCCGACCGAUGGCAGUGGCGGGUUGACGAUCUUGGUUGGUCUGACGAUGGCCUCUUCGUCACCAAUGGCAAAUGGCUGGAUGGCUUUGGUCUCUUCCUCUCUGCCUGUUUGGACGGUUUGUGGAGACGACAAUUAGUGGGUCUCGCAGUUGGUGGACCGACUGCCACUACCAGCUACGAAACGAGCUAUCCUCGGAGCACAAGAGGAGCAGCUUGGUCGAGAGCGUUCUCGGAACAGGCGUAUGUUUAUGACUUCCAGAAAUACAAAAUCCUCACAAGCAUCUUGUUGUUCCUCCGUGUAAGGGGGAAACGGGUCCAAGAUGACUUUCAAGAUGGAUUUCCGGAAGGUCUAAUAUGUGGUAGGUUUGUGUGGUCGUGGAGUCGCGCAGAUUUUGGCCAAACUAAAAAAAGCAGUGGCAUUUGCGAAACGGGGUGUGUUGCAGUGUGGGGGAGGAGAAGAUCAGUUUGGUGGAAAGACUUACAUGUUGACUGACCAAGGAUCUGAGAUGGAUACGAUGAAUCCACCCAAGAUUCUAUCAUCUUCCCAAAACAACAAACACGCAGAGCAGAGCAAGAUCAUCACUUACGACGCGAGUUUGUCUUCGAAGCAGAUUGCUUGUGAAUACGAUAAUAGUCUACGGGUGAUCGACAAGAACAGUAAUUUUGAGCAGAAAAAGAAGUCUGCUCACUUCCGCAACACUUUUUACAGUGAAAGAUUAACAGUUUCGGAAUUUCAGACUGCGCAAAACUUGAAACGCGUUCGUUCAGUAGUACAAGUCGCGGAUAGAGCCAUGGAAUUACUCGCGUUUUUCCAGUACAUCAGCGAGCAUCCCCAGCUACUGCAAUUGUUGGACUUUGUGUUACUACCGUUCAGUAGUGGUAUAGCGGACAAUGCAACACAACAACAGGCAAGUUCUAGUGGUGAGAUGGUAACUGAAGAUGGCUUUUCAGGGCUAGGACGAAGUCACCCCUACGACAGAUCGACGUCUUUUAGGAGAGGACAGAACAGGAACGGACGACCGAGUCACAUUCCCUCAGCUGUAAUCCGAGGACAACUACCCACAACAUUUUCAGCCAACAACAAUUCGUCCACUUCUUUGGUUGGCCGUGCUCUGAACUACGUUUCCGGGAAGCUAGGACUUGGCAGAGACUCAGACCGCUACACUUUGAGUGGCGACUUCACACUGCGACAACUAGUCGCACAUCCGGAGCCAAUCUUGAUCUGGCUUUCGUACAUCAUCGCCUAUUUUCCCAGAGAGUGCGCGGAUAUUGCGAAGCAAUGCCCAGUCUUGUUCGGAGAGGUGGAUUGGCAGAGUCCUAGGAUCGUAGAAGCCUGGACAGCGACGCGAGCAAAGAGAGCAGAUGGAGCGACCUUUCUAGUGUCAGGUGGAGAAAUACUUCUUGACGUCACCGCUGACUCGGAGAUGGUGGGUGCUGAUGCUGCGGGAUCUGGUAACUUUUGUUGUGAGUUUUGCUAUUCAUCUUGAACACAAAUGGCAUUAAGUCGUGAUUAAGUAAGGCCAGGCUUUGCAGUCUCUUCCGCGGGCAGCUUGUUCUACUCAGCCGGGCCCAGCGUUUUAGAUAGGGGCUGCUGGUUGGUGCGCGGCUGCCCGCGCAUGAAUUCCAUGGCGCACAGCGUGAAAGAGACAAGCAAGAGAGCAGGCGCCCGCCCAGGGUGGAGGCCCGCCCACGCCCCAGGGGGCGGGACUUGGGCUGGUGGUCCCGCAUAGCUUGCGCAGCCUGCUGCGUGGCGCAAGGUAGGAGCUGAGCUGGAGCAUUUGGUGCCGCAGGGUGGUGGGGUGGGUGGGUUUCUUCAUGAGGCAAAAAAGCUCGUAAGAAAUGCCAGGCAGGGGCGUCCUGCGAACUGGCGCAGCCAAACAAAGAAACGAAGCAAAGCUGCGCAGUGCCCCGUGCUCUUUCAGGGUGAAGAUGUUCCGCCGUCGUGAUCGAUGUUCCAAGGUUGACGAGAUAAUUACAGAAACAUACAAAAUAGGAAUAGAUGACUUCUAGCUUAAGUUCUUGCUAUUUCAUCCUAAAACCAUCCAGGCUCCACGUCUGCCGAGCGUGUCGCUUUUGUUGAAAUCGAGGGUCUCCGCCGAUGGAUCGGCAAUGUCGACGUAGUUAGCUGUGGUAACGACGGCAUCAGGUCACUAGCUGAAAAUGUACGGAGAAUCGUAGCGAAAAGUGGCGCAGCUGAGCAUUCUGUCCGCACCGUUUUUCCUGGUCUCCUCACCCAGUUACAGCGAUUACACGCCUCAGCUGUUGUCGGAGCUGGCGGCACUAGCACUAGCUCCACUUCUGGAAUGAGAAACUAUGCAGAGCAAUUAGGUGCUGCACCUUGGGGUGUUGCAGACGGUCUACAACCCUCUGGCCACACACCCCUCGAUAGUGCGGGCAGAACAAGGCGUGUGCGGUUUUUGAUGCAGAGUUUCCUUGCAGCAUUGUUUCCCGGUGCUGAGGAUGUGCCAGUGGACGAAGAAGUGAUGGACCUCCUUUUGCAUACGUUGAAUGAAAUCACAUCUACCUCCUCUACUUCUGGAGCUGGUGCAGGAGACAGCUCUUCUUGUAGUCUCCUACUCAGGCAUACAGUCUACGACUUUUUGCUGUCAAGGUCGGAAGCAAAUGGCACAGACAUGCUAGUGCGAAGGUAUGGACCAGCCAUGACGACUGAAAUCCGAAGCUAUUUGGAGGGAAGAUAUGGAGAGUACAGAGCGGGGAAGCUGGAGACGGCAGGUAUUUUUACUUGAGCUCUCUAGAAGAAUAUGAAGAUUUUCUGAGUGUUCAUCUUCGUUUUUUAGGAUUUGUCCCCCAUCUAGAAUGAAACAAGCUCAAGCUCUGACACAUGUCCCUGCAGAAAGAGAAGGUCUUGUUCAAUUAGAAUGUCUCAAAUUAAAAUCCUAACCCCACAGAUCCCCAGUCCCUUCUGGAGACCAUGUGGCAGUUUUACUAUGAGUUCCGGGAGUAUCGCGAAGCUGGCAGUCUGCUCUUAGAACUGGCGAUGGAGUCGGAUGCCCUACCGAAUUUGACCUUGAGCGAUCGCCAGACGUAUUUGGUGGCUGCCGUUGCCUGUGCGGAGCACUUCCAGCCUAGGGACAGGCUGGAAGAUAUGAGGAAACAGUACUAGGACCAUCCAAGUGCUGUGAUAUUUACAACGCUUAAAUGUAAAUGUUUUGUAAAUUUCUCGAUCUUAUGAAGAUUAUCUUCAUUUUUUUUUUUUCGUAAAAAGUAUUUGAAGAUUAAGCGUCCUGAUAAUCAUAUGAUAUUAUUUGUAUUCUGACACUGAGACGGGUUUCUUCAAAUUGAGAAAUACAGGCGUCAAAAGUGAAGCGAAGUAAGAUUCUUUUUAUUUUCCCUCCCCUACCCCAUCAAUUAAGGCUCAAAAUGAUAUUGUCAUAGGUGCACAAAGUAGUCAGAUUCAAGCACUGAGUUUUCUGCUUCAAAGCUUAGCUCCAAGGGUCAUCUUCCUCUGUUUCCUUUUGGGGAGUCUUGCUUCUGAAGAAAUGCCAUUUCUGCAGAAGAUUCCCCAUCUCUGACAUGGUAAAAAGUAUGUUCAGAUCAAUAUCGUCGUAGUUACAACCUCAAAUUAUUUUUCGCUCCAUUUAAUCUACAACCACAAAUCAGGAUCGAGUCCACAUCCGUCCUACAACUUCCGCUUCUCGCCGAAGUAGAGCGACUCGAAUCCGACCCGCGUUUGACUGCUGAAUGCAGAGCCAGGAUACAGCAUUAUCGGAGGGACAAAGCUCUGAGAAGCAGACCUGGAGUCGAUGCACAUGCUUUGCUAGAAGUUGUACAUGACUUGAAGUUUCCGCAGUUGCUGGUCGCCAACGAGCAAGGGUCAUCUUCUAGCAGUAUGUGCGAACAGUUGCUGGCGGCUGACAACAAUCGUAGUGGUAGUGGAAGUAAUGCUAAUGGUACUAGAGGGAUUGGUAACGAAACACUGAAGCAUCAAGAUACAACAUCAAUGACUUUGGAAGACCGUCUGUUCAAAUAUUGGGCUAACGUUUUUUUCCCUAGUUCUGGACCUUAUGCGGAGAUCGGCCUGCCUUUCGCCUUUUUCCAGAGGGAAGAAGCGAGCGGACCGAUCGCGAGACAUCCAUUGCCAGCUAGAGUUGUCAUACAAAGGAUCUUGGAAUUUGUAUCGGGCUCGUUGCCCGGCAGAGGCAGUUCUGAAGGAACAGGAGGUUCGGGUUCAGGGGCAUCCUCAUUGAUGAAGAAAGAGGGUUUCGGUGUUGGACCGGGGGCACCAUUACCGGAAAGCCUGGCUUACAAUGUCGCACUUCUUUUUGAGUGUGUCAGCUGCGUAUUACUGACGCUGCAAGAGCAUGAAAGGGAAGUGGAUUAUCAUCUUUUGGGAACAACAGGCAAUGAAGAGCCAGCAUCAUCACGACCUCUAGAAGCUGAACAACAAGAGAUGCAAGAAAUUCUUUGGCCUUGUCGCGCAUUGAGUCGUCUUGGGUUUACAGAUGUCUGGCUGAUUCACGCCUAUUGCAACUUCGUAGAGCAAGCGGAUGACGUAACGGGAGAGUUCUUGAACUACCUGGAGACAUUGGAUUUCCCGUCUUAUGGAGCUGUUGACAAUACGGCCUCCAGCAGAGCUCCUGUUGUUGACAUCUAUCAUGCUGCGACGAAUGGAAUGAACAAUCCUUCAACCUCCUCUCACCUCAACCCUUCAGUCGAACUUCUUCGUCAUCCUCUCUCCCGGUUCGUGCAGGGACCUCAGAAAGCUACCUUCUUCAAACUCCAUCUUGCCAGAGUCGCCGUCAAGAUCACCGCAUCCUAUCUCGGCAGAGUCCAAAAGACGGCGCACAGUCGACAUCAAGUUGCUUCGUUUAGACAGAACUUCACCAAGUUGCAGCAAGACUUGAAGAGGCUGGAGGCUAGUUUAAGUGACGCAGACUUCGCCGAUCACCAUGAUGGCGCUUCCUUGAGAAGAGAAGUGCAUCGAUUGAAGCAAGAUGCAAGCAGUUUGUUGGAACAAGCACCGUUUUAUGAAUGAUAAUGUUUACAUAGAAGUUCUUGUCGUGGAUCAAGCACCGUUUUAUGUUCUCACGAUGUUUGCAGUGAUGAGUACGCUCAUGCUGGUCGACUCUCAUGUUGAUAUCCUAUGACCUGUUAACCCAAUAAAAGAAUCCUGUAUCCAAUUAAGUAGUUAUUCACUGAAUGCUUUUUCCUCGUCAGAAGAUACGCAUAACAACCAAAACUCGCAUAAUUCGCGAUGAGUCUAUAUUAAGCCUCAACUUUCAAUGGUCAUAGGACCUGGCUUCUGAAAAUAUUGAAUUUUAUGAUCCGAUAUUACUAACGCAUGAUAUUUUGUUGUUGAAAAUAGAAUGACGCGCAAGUAGGAACCAUGGUGAGAAAACCUGAAGAUUGUUUUUUCGUCAGGGCUUCUGCACCAGUACCAAGCAGGA